GGAGCAACUUACAUGAUCUGCUGCCAGAUACCACAGGGCCCCUUUAGAGGUCUUGUAGAGUCCAUGCCAUGAUGGGUCAGAGCUGUUUUGGGGCCUGCACAAUAUUAGGCGGUCUCCAGGAGUUAAAGCGAUCAGUUUGUUUGAUCUGAAUCCAUCAAGCCCGCAGCUGUCAGGCCUUUCCCUCAAUAAUAACGCCAAUGGAAAAGAAGAUUUCUCAGAAGAUAAAGUGAAGCUUCCAGAAGUAAGUGACAGAGAAACAAAAGCCCCAAUUAUCCUGGAGAUUUCUGAUCGUAUGACCUGCUCGGCGUGUCAGUGUGCAUUUGACACCAGGGAGGAACAGAAAGAACAUUACACCUUGGACUGGCAUCGGUUUAACCUGAAAAGGAGAAUUAAAGGAGCAACGGUGUUAAGUGAAGAGGACUUCCAGGACAAGACCCGGGCAGGGGAUGUAUCCAGCAUUUCUGGUUCAGACUCUGAGAGCUCGGAUGAGGUGGAGUCAGAGACGGCCUCAGAGCCCAGUAAUGAUUCUGCAACUGUCACUGCUCAGUCCAGCCGGGCCCAGAGUCUCCUGUUUAGGAAUGGAGAGAAGCAGUUUCUGUCUGUCUAUCGCUGUGUGCUGGGGAUUGCUAAGGACAUGGAGGUGACACCAGAGCACCUGCUGGAUUGUGUGAGGCGUCUGCAGGAGCAGCCGGUGGUGGUGAUUCUCAUGGCUGGUGGAGGUCAUUUUGCCGGAGCUGUGUAUAAGGGAAAGGAGGUGGUAAAGCACAAGACCUUUCAUCGGUACACAGUGAGAGCCAAAAGGGGGAGCGCACAAUCCGUCCAUGAUGCCAAGAACUGCGGUCACAUGGCUAAGUCUGCAGGAGCUGCCCUGAGGAGAUACAACCAGACUGCUAUGAUGGCGGACAUCCACCAGUUGUUACAGAGCUGGGCAGAGCACAUUGAAGAAGCUCAAGGGAUCUUCCUUCGGGCCCCUCGUUCUGAUAAAACCCUUUUCUUGGGACGUAAUUCCCCCAUAACGAGGAAAGAUCCAAGGGUUUUUGGGAUUCCUUUCUGCACAAGACGAGCCACCUUCAGGGAGGUCCAUCGAGUGCACACUCAUCUCUUCAAGCUGCAGCUCUGUGAGAAGGACACCCCCUCAUCACUAGUCAGUAGGACACGAGAGAGAAGUGUAAGACCCAGAAGAUCUGGACGGACGGAAGCGCAGGAAGAGACGACUGAUGCGGCUGAUGUGUCUGAAGAGGAGGUCCCUGACCCUGUAGAAUAUGUGGAAGAAGAGCUGACAAUCAGCACACUGGACCUUAGGGAAUAUGAAGUGCAGCCAAAGAGGAAACGAAAAAAGAAAAAAAAGCAGGAAGGAACGAGGCCUGUUCCAGAUAAAGGCACGACCGGGCCCAGUGUGACAUCUCUGAGAACUGCACACGACCAUGUGGAUGAAGGUUCUACAACAGAGGAGAUCGAGAGACGUACACUUCAUCCUGCAUCUGCCCUGGAAGGUGACGAACAAAGCAGGAUCCGUAAUGUCCUAUUCACAUGCUGCAAGACUGGCGAUACUGAGACCGCUAAGCAGAUCUUGCAGGAUCUUCUUCCUGGUUCCUCUGAAGACUCCUCUAUUCCCAGACUUUCCACCCCUGAGGUUGUGCAGAAGCUUGUGAAUGAACGUCUGCCUGUAGAGGAGCACACUCUGCUCCAUGUGGCUGCAGCUGCAGGACAGGGGGAGAUUGCGUGCCUGCUAAUGGCUGCUGGUUGGGACCCUGCGCUCAGGGACUCUGCUGCCAAGACUCCAUAUUCUCUGUCUGCUGACAAGCGUACCCGGAAUAGCUUCCGCAAGUACAGAGAGGAGAACCCUGAAAAAUACAACUACAGCAAGUCUCAGAUACCUGAACCGAUAUCAGAGGUGGUGGAGGCGCGCAAGGCAGAGAAGAAGCGCGUCCAGAGGGCACAGAGGAAGCAGAAGGAGAAAGAAGACAAAGAAGAGCGGCUGAGAAAGGAGGCCGAGGAGGCUGAGAAGAAUAGAUUUGCAGCUCUGAAUGACCGUGAGAAGAGAGCGAUCGCAGCGGAGCGCAGACUGGCCGCUCAGCUCAACAGCAACAAAGAUAUGGCUGUGACUAACAUCAGGCGCUGCUGGCAAUGCGGGGAGUCACUCUUAGGAAGAAUACCAUUUGACUAUCUGGAAUUCUCCUUCUGUACCACACGUUGUUUACAAGAACAUCGACGUAGCCAGGCCGCCAAAUGCCAGAAGUAGCCGCUGUGACCAAACCUUCAACCCUGCCACGGGAGAAAGUGCCGUACCACACACUCAAUGCUGCAGAUGCUGAUUAGAGAUAAGUGAAUUUCAUAUUUUUAAAUUCGUUCGCGCUUCGUUUGGUGGUAAAACCAGAAUUGCAUUAUGGAUUCCG